AUGAGCCAUGAGAAGACAGACGCAGACCUCCCUCCUAACGCCCCGAUCCCCGUUAUGCCGGCCCUCCACGGCGACUCCAGCCUCUCUCAUUACCUUGGCUGCCCGGCUGUACUUUCACCCCAGUGCCUGUCCCUGAGCGCAGGAUUAAUGGCGGUGUUGGCCGGAGUCAGAGAGAGAGUCCUGGGAUGGGUUCAGAUCUCACACACCUCACCCUGGGCCUGA